GGAACUAGUUCGAGGAUUUGAGAGUGGAGAACCAAAAAAGAGAAAAUUCGUCUGGCCUCUCACAACCGUUGGUUGGUUCAGUGGAGGUCUUCCAGAUUAAAAGCAUCUUUGUCAUAGUCAAAUUCCAUUCUAGAUGUCAUCAUCACAUUUAUCUAUGUUUUCCUCAUUGUAAAUGAGUCCUUUUUGUAAAGCUAUAUAUAUUUACAUAUGUCGCGUGACAAAGAGGGACUCUUUUGUAUUCAGUCCUCUCUGACUCUGAGGCUCACACUCACUGCAAAAAUUCAGGGUUUGGGAAGGCAAUGGGGACUCGGCAAUUGGGGUUCUGAGUAUGUUAUGCUCUUUGUCAAAUUGGGUAUUUGUUAGUUUUUUCAAAUUCUAGAGAGGAGAGAGAGAGUAAAUAUGGUGACAUUUAAGGAAAUCUGGGCGAAGAAGACAUUGUUGGGUCUUGGGUUAGGGCAGUUCCUCUCUCUUCUGAUCACUUCUACUGGGUUUUCCUCAUCUGAACUUGCCAGAAGAGGAAUUAAUGCACCAACCUCGCAGACUUUUCUAAAUUAUGUGUUCUUGGCGAUAGUGUAUGGUGGCAUUUUACUGUAUCGGAGAAAAGCUCUCAAGGCAAAAUGGUAUUGCUACAUACUUCUUGGUUUGGUAGAUGUAGAGGGCAAUUAUCUUGUGCAUCCUAAAAUUAAACAAGAUGCUGCACUCAUUGUUUUUCUAAAUUUGGUGAAGGCAUAUCAGUACACAUCCUUAACAAGUGUUAUGCUGCUGGAUUGUUGGUCAAUACCGUCUGUCAUACUUCUCACUUGGUUUUUCUUAAAGACAAAAUACAGAUAUAGAAAAUUUGCUGGUGUUGCUAUCUGUGUUGCUGGUCUUGUUGUGAUUAUCUUUUCAGAUGUACACGCGAAAGAUCGGUCAGGAGGGAGCAGCCCACUUAAAGGGGACAUGCUUGUGAUUGCGGGGUCUACACUUUAUGCUAUCAGUAAUGUCAGUGAGGAGUUCUUUGUAAAAAGUGCUGAUAGGGUUGAACUCAUGGCAAUGCUCGGCAUUUUUGGUGCUAUUAUUAGUGCUUGCCAAAUAAGCAUACUUGAGCGUAAUGAGCUCAAAGCUAUCCACUGGUCUUCUGGGUCGGUGAUUCCUUUUAUUGGAUUUGCGGUGGCUAUGUUUCUGUUUUACUCAGGUGUCCCCCUCUUGCUGAAGAUCUGUGGUUCCACAAUGCUAAACCUGUCUUUGCUGACCUCAGAUAUGUGGACUGUUUUGAUUCGCAUCUUUGCAUACCAUGAGAAGGUUGACUGGAUGUACUUCGUAGCUUUUGCUGCUGUUGUCGUUGGGCUUGUUAUUUAUUCUGGGGGUGAUAAAGAAGAGGAUAAAAAACGUGCUGAUGUUGCUGAUGAAGAAGUUGAGCGAAGCAAGCAUGGCGAUGAGGAGUCUGGUUUGGGAAAUCAGAGUCAAAAAGCUAUAGCUGAGAGCUCAAAAACUGGAGAAAGCAAUUGAUGGGGUCAAGGAGUAGAAUUUUGCACCUAUUUUAGGCGAAGGCGUCAACCGAUAAUUUAGGAAUUUUUGUUUCAAUAAUAUUUUCUUGGGUAGUUAUUCAGUAAUCUCGGAGUAUGAACACGUAGUAUUUCAUAGUAUUAUGAUUGGUGGAGAAGGUGGGUAGGUGAGGUAUUGUGUUGGGGGAUUGGAGAACAUAAGGAGGCAUAUUGAAUGAUUAUUGUUUAGGGAGUUUAGACACGUGGUACGCCGGAAAUAUUGAAUAAUUUUCCUAUUUUCUUUCUGUCUUUAUAUUUCCUUAUGCUUGUGUACGCUGCAAUGAGAUGUCCAAUAAAUUUUUUAGAGCGUUUUUGAUAAUUGAGAAUUUUCAUGCA